AUGCGAAACAUGCGUGGAGAUGCUAUGCGUGGUUUGGCUGUUUUCAUUUCGGACAUUCGAAAUUGCAAAAGUCGUGAAGCUGAAUUACGACGUAUCAAUAAAGAAUUAACUAAUAUUCGACAACGAUUUCGAGCUGAUAAAACUCUUGAUGGAUAUCAAAAGAAAAAAUAUGUAUGCAAAUUACUGUUUAUUUUUUUACUUGGUCAUGAUAUCGACUUUGGAUACAUGGAAGCUGUUAAUUUGUUAAGUUCAAAUAAAUAUACAGAAAAACAAAUAGGUUAUUUGUUUAUUUCUGUUAUUAUGAAUUCAAGUUCGGAAAUGAAACAAUUAAUUAUUCAAAAUAUUCGUAAUGAUAUACAAAGUCGAAAUCCAAUAUUUAUCAAUUUAGCGCUUCAAUGUGUAGCUAAUAUUGGUGAUAAAGAAAUGGCUACUGCAUUUACUCAAGAAAUACCUCGUUUGCUCAUCUCAGGAGAUACGAUUGAUCCUGUUAAACAAUCGGCUGCUCUUUGCUUGUUAAGACUUCAUCGAACAAGUCCAGAAUCGUUGCAAUUAAAUACAGAAUGGACUGCAAGAAUCAUUCAUCUUCUUAAUGACCAACAUUUAGGCGUAGCAACAGCUGCUGUCAGUUUAAUCGAUGCACUUGUGAAACGUAAUCCAGAUGAAUACAAAGGUUGUGUUAAUUUAGCUGUUUCACGUUUAAGCAGAAUCGUUACUUCAUCUUAUACGGACUUUCAAGAUUAUACCUAUUAUUUUGUUCCAGCACCGUGGCUUUGUGUUAAGCUAUUACGGUUACUACAAAAUUAUCCACCACCGGAUGAUGCAUCUGUUCGAAGUCGUUUGAAUGAAUGUCUUGAUACAAUUCUUAAUAAAGCUCAAGAACCAUUGAAAUCGAAAAAAGUUCAACAUUCAAAUGCACGCAAUGCUGUUCUGUUUGAAGCUAUUAAUCUUAUUAUUCAUAUGGAUUGUGAAUCAACAUUACUUGUACGUGCAUGUAAUCAACUUGGUCAGUUUUUACUCAAUCGAGAAACAAAUCUUCGAUAUCUUGCAUUGGAAAGUAUGUGUCUAUUGGCAACAUCGGAAUUUUCACAUGAUGCCGUUAAAAAACAUCAAGAAACAGUCAUUAAUGCGUUAAAGAGUGAACGCGAUGUUAGCGUUCGUCAGCGUGCUGUUGAUCUUCUAUAUGCAAUGUGUGAUCGAUCCAAUGCAGAAGAUAUUGUACAAGAAAUGUUAACAUAUCUUGAAACAGCUGAUUAUACAAUUCGAGAAGAAAUGGUUUUGAAAAUUGCUAUUUUAAGUGAAAAAUAUGCCAUUGAUUAUAAAUGGUAUCUAGACAUAAUGCUUAAAUUAAUUCGACUUGCUGGUGAUUUUGUUUCUGAAGAAGUUUGGUAUCGUGUUAUACAAGUUGUUGUUAAUCGAACUGAUGUGCAAAGUUAUGCAGCUAAAAUCGCAUUCGAAGCAUUACAAGCACCGGCUUGUCAUGAAAAUAUGAUUAAAGUAGCUGGAUAUAUUCUUGGCGAAUAUGGAAAUUUAAUUGCACUUGAUCCACGAUCAACACCUAUGAUUCAAUUCGAUUUAAUUCAUUCGAAAUAUCAUCUAUGUUCAACAACAACGCGCUCAUUGCUUUUAUCGACUUAUAUGAAAUUUAUUAAUUUAUUUCCUGAAAUAAAACAAUAUGUUCAAGAUAUUCUUCGUCAUGAUUCUAACUAUCGAAGUUCUGAUGUUGAAAUUCAACAACGAGCAACGGAAUAUCUUCGAUUAAGUGAAAUAUGUAGUGCAACAGUAUUAGCUACUGUAUUGGAAAUAAUGCCACCUUAUCCGGAAAAACAAUCACCAUUAUUGGUUCGUCUUAAACAAAAGAAACCACUGAUGGAAGCUGAAACAAGUAGUGAACCAUCUGCAGCAACGAUGGCAAAUCCAGACGAUGCUCCUAAACUUGCUGAAGCAACUGUUCAUCUUAAUCAACCUGAACAGCAACAAAGUGGACUUCUUCUUUCAUUUGAUACGCUUGAAUCUAAUAAUUCUUUUAAUGAUACAACAUCUUAUUCACUCCCAUCAAAAUCAUCGCCAGCACCAACAUCAUCAACAUUGCAAUCAGCAAAGAAAUUGCUGUUCAAAAAUAGUGAUAUUAUUUUUGAAAAUGACCUUUUACAGAUUGGCAUCAAAGUUGAAGCAGCGAAACAUAUUUUACGUGUAGAAUUUUACUAUGGAAAUAAAACGAAUUCGAAUUUAACAAAUAUUGGAAAUACUAUUAAAGUAACAGGAGAUUUAGAAUCCGAUAUUCGAUUUAACAUACAACCCAUUAAAACAGGUAUCGACCCAAAAGCGCAAAUUAAACAAUCAGGAACCAUUGAAUGUUUAAAAGAAUUUGAAGAAUUACCGAUAAUAAAUCUUACAUUUUAUUACGGUAAUGUACUGCAAAAAGUUGACUUUCCAUUUCCAUUAUAUGUUAACAAAUUUAUCGAGCAAGCAGAGAUGGAUUCAAAUAGUUUCUUCUUACGUUGGCGUAACCUUGAUAAACCUGGUCAAGAAUGCCAAAAAAUUUUUCCUGCAAAAUAUCCAAUGCUGCAUGAUGAUUGUCGUCAAAAAUUGGAAGGUUUUGGUUGGAGCAAUUUAACUGGCGUUGAUGUUAAUGCAGAUAAUUUCUGUGGCGCUGGUAUAUUGCAUACGGCUUCGCAACAAAUAGGUUGUCUCUAUCGACUUGAACCAAAUAAACAAGCUAAAAUGUAUCGUCUGACGGUUCGAGCAAGCAAAGACGCUGUCGCUAAUCGUCUUGUUGAAUUACUGGAAGAUGAAUUUUAG